CAUGACUGGUGUGGUUUACCAUCUACAUCAGAGUAUCAGUAGAAGGAGCUGUGGUGCUGAUCCUCACUGUAGCUGUGGCAGUGUGCUACUGCAGGGGCCGAAGUAACACAGAAGAUCUAACUGACAACACAAUAUAUGCUAAUGUUAUGGACAACACAAGAAUUAGAGAUACAAGAUCAAACAGUCAUAUAAACCCAAAAUCCAUCUAUGAAACUGUCAAUGAUCUGGUUAUCCCAGGUUUGAACAAGCCGCAGACUCUGUGUGACAAGAUCACAUUUGGACGCCCAGAAGCCCCCCAGUCUCCCUACCAGAAAGUACUUUGAGCUGAACAGGAUGUGGUCAUAGGCUGGGCCUUCCAUAGAUAUGGCCUCUGCAUGCUCUGCAUCUUACACGUCUAUAUUCCGUAAAUAGGCUGAGAUGUUACUGUUGAAUUUCAUCACGACCUACACUAUUUGCUUACAUUUAUUUCCUUCUCCCUUUAUUGAUUCUCAUAUCUACAAUAUAUCAUAAAGCCUUACGCCUUUCUUUGAGGGCCUAGUUACAAUUAGGAGAUUCUGAAAUGUGUAAUAGGCAGUAGUAGGUGUUGUGAUCAGACAAGCUCAUAUGUCAAAUUUCUAUUUUCUAGAUUAAAGAAAAUAAUUGUACAAAAUAGUAUAACAUUGAUUAGUGAGGUUGAUUUAUGCCUGUGAGUAGAAAGUGUACUCUUUUUCAUUAGGAUUAUGUGCUCGCCAGGCAUUGAUGAGGUUGUAAUCAGAGAGUAUAUGAUGGAGAGACUUCGUUACAUGUGGAUUGUAGUUGUUCUUAUUUGAUUUGUCCGCAUGUCCAAAAUGGCAUUCAUGUCUGUUCCAAUAACCAGAUGGAAUUCAAUUAAUUCCAAAAAAUAUGCCGUUCACAGAAUGAAAAAUGUUUCUACCUUUUUGCAUACGUUGAGUGCCUUGCUUUUAGAGUGAAUUAUAAUUAACACUCAUGACUGUAUUUGUUUGCGACAGAUUGUUGUAUUGAAUGGUUUUGAGUACUCUAGCCUUCACCAAGUGAGUACCUAAGUGAAUAUGUUGUCUUUAAAAUUAAACUCAUUAUGACACACAUUACAUAUAUCUUAAAGCCUUUGAGGGCCUAGCUACACCCUAACACAGUGGUCUGAAACUCCUGGUUUACAGGCCACAUCAAGCCUGCAAGUCACAUUAUGUUGACUUGCAAAGUGAUGUUUAUUUCCUAUUGGAAUCCAGACAGAGUUAGGAUAUCCAACAAUUGGAGCUUUUAUUCACACGCAACCUGCAUUCAGAAUGACUGUUAGGGUAGGGAAGAUUGAUUACUGAGACUAAAUCAUAUUAAAUCAUAUUAACAGGAACAGCCAUAACAGUAAAGUGGGAAAUAAGUCGAACUACUAACAGAUUGGAUUAGUUUGAUUCGUUGAUUAAUCUUAUGCUACACACACAUAGAUAACAUGCAUUUUUUCUAAAGUACAUGCAAAUUCACAGAUAUUGAAACAAAGCAUUCUGAAAAUCAACAAGCAAGAGAUCAUGCUGGAAUAAUAACGAUGAUAAUGUUUGGUGUGGUUUUGAGUUAUUUUGAGCAAACAUUAAUUUGUAAUUUUACUCAACAAGCUUGUUCAAAUACAACUGACUUCAAGCAGAGUUUGCUUACUAAAGACACUAACACUUUGGCUCAAAUUCGUGUCCUUUUUAAGUCCACUCAACUUGCAUAAUAACACUAAUUAAGCAAUUGGUUAAGUUUGACUUUUUCCAGUGAACAUUGUAGGAAAUUUAAAGGCUGAGGAACUUCACAUUAGGUCACCUGUUUGUCAUAGUUUAGUGGUCAUGGUUUACUCUCUUCAAAUUUAGCAGAGUGGUUUUGUGAAGGAAGGCGCUGUGGGAACCUGUCAAAUAGAGAUAUGGUUGUAGUCAUGCAAAAACCUGUGAAAACCUAGUUGUUGGGCUGAUGAGUACACAUGAAAAGGUGUGCAGGGAUUAUGUCAUUUACAGAGAGAACAUUGACAAUGUUAUUUCAGCAUACAUAUUGUAUAGUUCACUUUUUAAUUUCUCUUUUACAUUCAAUCUGUCACUGUGAUCACUACAUUGCUGGGUUAUUACUUUGAACAGUUGACAGACCUACCUUGUUUGUGCUGUAGCUCAAGAACAGAAUGUUGAUUCCUUUUAUAGUAAGAUUAAGUUGUGUAGAGAUGAACAUGACAUCAGAUGCUAUUUUUUUCUGUUUCUCUUUAAGCAUCUGUACCUUUCGAAUUCUGUCAAAGCCCCAUUCGUGCAACAGGAAAUGUAGGGGUCCCAAGGACACGCUGGUGUCGACAGUCACUUACCACCGGCUCAGAAUGGAGCACACUUCACUUUAUGUGCUACUCUUCAACUGCUAGCCAUCAGUGACAGUGAAAGACAAGGACAUACAGCCAGAGGAAAUGGUCAUCACCUUAAAGAGAUGUCCUGCUUCUCAAAACAGGGAAUACUACUUCUCCUUCUCUCCAACCUCCACUAUGGUUUAGGUGUUCAUCUGAUCAUCAACAAGAGAGUGGGGGACUCCGUGGAGCUGCUGGCAGGCUUAGAGAGGGGACAUUUCAAAUCCUUGGAGUGGAAGUACAUGGGAAAGGAUAUUGCAGAAUUCAACUCAGAAGUUGUAUAUUCACCUGGAUCCCAGUUUGAGGGGAGACUAAAGAUGAACACCAAAAACUUCAGUUUAACAGUCAGAGAACUGACACUGCAAGACUCAGGGGAUUUUCUACUGACAGGCGAAGAGGACAAAGGUCAGAUUGCCAGUAAGACCAUCACUCUGAAGGUCCACGAGCCUGUAUCCAAGGUGGCGAUCCAGACAGACAUCAAGCUAUUGGCCAACCACUCCUGUACGGUACGGCUGGUGUGCAACGUGUCCUGCUACUCCAACAUUACCUACACCUGGGAGAGAGACAAUGAGAUCUACGGGGACGCCCAGCAGAUUCACUUCUCUCUCUCACCAGCAGAGGGAAACAUCAGUGUAAAGUGCAACGCCUCCAACCUAGUCAGUUGGAAAACUGCCUCUACGACAGUAAAGUGUAGUAAUCACACAACCACCCCAGGACUGGUGUGGUUUACCAUCUACAUCAGAGUAUCAGUGGGAGGAGCUGUGGUGCUGAUCCUCACUGUAGCAGUGGCAGUGUGCUACUGCAGGGGCCGAAGUAACACAGAAGAUCUAACUGACAACACAAUAUAUGCUGAUGUUAUGGACAACACAAGAAGUAGCGAUACAAGAUCAAACAGUCAUGUAAACCCAAUAUCCAUCUAUGAAACUGUCAAUGAUCUAGUUAUCCCAAGAUUGAACAAGCCGCAGACUCUGUAUGACAAGAUCACAUUUUGACGCCCAGAAGGCACCCUCCUCUCCCUACCAGAAAGAACUGUGAGCUGAACAGGAUGUGGUCAUGAGCUGGGCCUUCCAUAGAUAUAAAACCCUCUGUAUCCUCUGCAUCUUACAUGUGUACAUUCUGUAGUUAGGCCUAGAUGUUGCUCUUAUUUUCAUCACGACCUGCUCUAUUUGCUUUCUUUUUCAUGAUUGUAAUCUUCUCCCUUUAUUAAUUCUCAUAUCUACAGUAUAUCAUAAGGCCUUAUGCCUAUCUUUGAAGGCCUACUUACAAUUAGGAGAUUCUGAAAUGUGUCACUGGCAGUAGUAGGUGUUGUGAUCAGACAAACUACUAUGUAUCUUUCUUGAUUGAAGAAAACAGUUGUAGAUAAUAGUAUGACAUUGAUUAGUGAGGUUGAUUUAUGCCUGUGAAUAGAAAGUGUACUAUUUUGCAUCAGGAUUAUGUGCUCGCCAGGCAUUGAUGAGGUUGUAAUCAGAGAGUAUAUGAUGGAGAGCCUUUGUUACAUGUGGAUUGUAGUUGUUCUUAUUUGAUUUGUCCGCAUGUCCAAAAUGGCGUUCAUGUCUGUCCCAAUAACCAGAUGGAAUUCAAUUAAUUCCAAAAAAUAUGCCGUUCACAGAAUAAAAAAUGUUUCUACCUUUUUGCA